GACAAGGUUCUUGUGGCCAUCAAAGGUCUGAAGAAAAAGGCGAUCAUCGUGGGUUGCAAAGGACAGUGGGUUAAAUCGCACGUGCCCCGGUUUGACACCAACAAUUGCGUUCUCGUCAACGACGACAUGUCUCCUUUGGGGAACCGGAUUCUCGUUCCGAUCCCACAUUCNAAAGAUGUUGACACACUCUGGCUCAGGCCACAACAGCACAAAGCGGCCAGAAGUGUCCGCCUUGAGCUGCUCCGUCAUGUACUCGGCGGUGGCCAUGAGGCCGUCUAUGUGGCGCCGGAAGCCGGACAUGCCCUUGGCUCUCCACAUGAGCCACAGCUUGAAGAUGUCGUUGUGGCGCCCGCACUGGAUGACCUUGUCGCCGGUGUCGAAGCGACAGUCGUAGUACUGCUUGUCGUCUUGGAACAAGUACUCGGCGUUCAUUUGAUUGCAGUUCAUCAAUAUUCCCUGCCGAUUUUUGUUUGUGUGGCUGUGCUCACUGGUGAAGAGCACAGGCUGACAAGGCAGUCCAUGUACCCCCUUGGUUUUACACUCAGGAAAGUGCUUGUAGCGGGCACAGAGCACUGCAUUGAUAUUGGACACAGUGCCACCAGGACACAAGAUGGAGUCCCCUCCUUUGUAGCCAAUCACCUCCCUCAUUUUCCGCAGCACCACAUUCUCCAGCAGGAUGAACACAGAUGCGGCGCGAAAUUGGCACAAGCGGGAAGCAAACUUCAGGCAGGGCCAAAUAAUGCUUCUGCAAGUGAGGCUGCAGCAGCCCGUCUGCUGCAGGCGUGUCAUCCAUCAUCCAAGCUGCUGCCAGGAAUCGAUACCCGACGUGUGCCCCGAUGCCCCACUCAUUCUUGCGCUUUCUGGGACACUGAGGGGUACAAAAAGUGUCGACUGACUGUCGACCCACCCUCCUCACCGUCGGGAAUAAAAGCGAGACCCACUCGACUGCUGUCGGGGGACACCCCGUACAGCAAAAUCAGCAGGAAAACAACAGCACUUGACCAACUGGCAGCAACUUCUGCUGUAGAAAUGGCAUCAGCAGUUGCUUCACCAACAGAUCCCCUGAAGAAUGUGGUCUAUUUGGGAUUCCAGCUGUCACCAUCAGACACUAUCUCAGUGUUCUUCUGGAUGCUGCUGGGGAGGGACAUGAAAAAUGAGGACUUCCUGAAACCCUCUCCCUUCCAAGGUUUGUUCCUGUCUCUGUCUGCUGUUGUGGUUGACCAGUCAUGGCAGCAGGCUGCAAGUGGCACAACAAUCCUCCUGUCACCCACAGACUACCUCACCAUGAUGUCAGCAGUCAGGGUCACCCAAGUGGGGAAAUUGGUGCACACUUGGGAUUUGUUUGUAAUUCUACACAGUGCCCCUCCUCUGCGCCUGACCUGUACCAAAGUUCUUCUGUUGCACAUGCUUAUCCGCAAUGUGCACCAAUUGUGUGUUCACACCAGGAUUACUCAGGGUCACAUUUACAAACUCUGGGAAGGCAGCAGAUGGUUUUUGCCCAGCCCUGGGCAUGAAUGCGGACGCCUA